AGCAAAGGCAGGGAUUGGAGUAAGGGGUGUAUAACUGAGACUAUAAAAACUCAGAGCAAAAACUCACCAUCAGAGCUGAGUUUGGGAGAAACUGCACAGACAGGACUCUGAAGUGAGAAUCUCCUGAUUUUUCACAAGAUGCUGGACUGGAGAUUGGCAAGUGCACAUUUUAUACUGGCUGCGACGUUGGUGGUCUGGAGCUCAGGAAAAGUGCUCUCAGUGGAUGUCACAGCAGAGGCCUUUGAUUCUAGAGUCUUAGAUGUUCAGUCACCACCCACAGUCAAGGAAGAGAAAUCAGCCACUGAUCUGGCAGCAAAACUCUUACUUCUUGAUGAACUUGUGUCUCUGGAGAAUGAUGUGAUUGAAACAAAGAAGAAAAGAAGCUUCUCUGGUUUUGGUUCUCCCCUGGACAGACUCUCAGCUGGCUCUGUAGAUCAUAAAGGUAAACAGAGGAAAGUAGUAGAUCAUCCAAAAAGGCGAUUUGGUAUCCCCAUGGAUCGGAUUGGUAGAAACCGGCUUUCAAAUUCCAGAGGCUAAUUGAUUCCAAUCACACAACUUCCUUGGGUGAAAUGUCACAGAAAUACGGAAGAUGCUGCAGUGAAGUUCUUCACACUCCACAAUGAUUAAACUUCUAAGGAACCUUCUGUAAUCCUUUCCAGAGCAUUAACUUCAGUUCAUCACAUCACAGUAUUGUUGUAACUUCAAUUAAAUUGUGCAGAUAAUUUCAA